AUAGGCGCAGGGGAGCCGGAGGAAGAUGAGCUGUACGAGACGGGGGUUCUUGACUCUAAUGGGGUGUACAGACUCCAGGGAGAGAAACUGGUGCCUCAUGAUGAUGCAUGGGCCUCCAUCCCGAGUGUCUCCUUGCUCGACUCUAAGGAGGUGUUAGUGUUUGACUUUGGCGGUGAAGUAUACGUGUGGCACGGGAAAGACGUGCCCUUGGGUGACAGAAAAGUGGCCGUCAAACUCGGCAAACAGCUCUACAGCGGCAGCUACGACUACAGCAGCUGCAGAGUCAACCCUCUGGAUGCCUCCUGCACGAAUAAGGAUGUGCCACAGCAGGGGGAGGGUCGUCCGAGCUGGGCUCUGUUUGGCCGGCUGUCGGAGCACAACGAGACGUCACUGUUCAGAGAGAAGUUCCUGGACUGGGCUGAGAAGAAGAAAGAGGAAGCAGCUCUAGCUGAGGAAAUCAAGAGUCCGGUCCAUUCCGCUGUCCGCUCCCCAUUUGACUUGGAACUGCAGCCGUGCGAUGCCAGAGAGCUGCUGGACAACGAGCCUGAGCCGGUGAAGACCGUCCUGGAGGGAGUCAAUGUCCAGCGGGGCCACGGCCUCGUGAGGACAGAGGACGGGAGGCAGGCAGAGCUGGCUACUAUAGCUGUAGACGCCUGGCACAUUAAAGAGCACAGUGAGGAGGAGCUGCCCGAAGAGAGUCUGGGCCAGCUACACGAGGGCGACGCCUACAUCAUCCGCUGGAAAUACUCCGUCACCACACUUGUGGGGAAGCGGCAGAAACCCGGAGAGCUGAGCGCCGGAGCUCCCGGUCGAGAGAGGACAGCGUGUUUUUUCUGGCAGGGCCGACACUCCAGCAUCAGCGAGAAAGGAACCUCAGCUUUAAUGACGGUGGAGCUGGGCAGCCACAGGGGGUCACAAGUGUUGGUGAGUCAGGGGAAAGAGCCGCCAUGCUUCCUCCAGCUCUUCCAGGGAGGUUUGAUCAUCCACAAGGGCAGCAGAGAAGAUGGAGCCAACAACACAGGUGGCUGGAGGUUGUUCUGUGUCCGUGGCGAGGCAGAGGUGGAGGCCUCGCUGGUGGAGGUGAACUGCCAGAGCUCCAAUCUGCGCUCACGUGCCAGUCUGGUGCUUCUUAAUGCCCAGAAAGCUAAGCUGUACCUGUGGCACGGCUGUAAAGCACAAGCCAGGGCCAGGCCGGUCGCAAAGAGAGCUGCGGACAAACUAACCCAGAGAUGUCCCUCAGAGUUGGGUCUGAGCAGCAGCAGCAGUGUGAAAGUUGAGGAGGUGGAGGAAGGAGCUGAACCCUCUGAGUUCGUGAAGGCUCUGGGCUUAAAGGACAAGAAGGCGUACGACUGUAUGCUGAAAGAUCCCGGGAAGUACAACUACACAGCCCGGCUCUUCAAGCUGAGUGCCAGCUCUGGGGUUUUCGAAGGGGAGGAGCGGCUGUACCCUGCUCGGGUGACGGAGGGAGUCAUGGCGAUGCCGUUCCUGCAGGAGAACCUCUACAUCUCACAACAGCCAGCUCUGUUCCUGCUGGAUAACCGUAUGGAGGUGUACCUGUGGCAGGGCUGGCAGCCUGAGGACACGCAGCGCACCGGCUCUGCUAAGAUGCGCUGGGACAACGAGAGGAAGUGUGCCAUGGAGACGGUGCUGCAGUACUGCAAAGAGAAGAACCCUCGGCGCCCCCCUCAGGCGUAUCUGGUCCACGCAGGCUGUGAACCCCUCACCUUCACUAACAUCUUCCCGUACUGGCAGAAAGAUUCCAGCAUCACCCCCGAGGGGGAGAGCUCUAAGAACAAGGUGGUCUUGGUGAAGGAGGCGCUGUCUAGGCUCAGUAAGGAGCAGUACUCCAUCGAGGAGCUUACACGCAAACCACUGCCAGAGGGAGUGGACCCACUGCGCCUGGAGGACUACCUGUCCGACCAGGACUUCAAGACACUUCUUGAGAUGAGUCGAACGGAGUUCAACGCGCUGCCAAACUGGAAGCAAAAGAAUCUGAAGAAAAGCAAGGGUCUGUUUUAAAACCUUUUAUUUACACACACUUGCCUCUUCUUCAUGUUCUCUGCAGCUUUUCUUACAUUUUUUUUUUUAUUCCAAGAAAAAAGACAUUGUCCUUAUUUUGUCGAGGAUAAAGAAAAGCGAAUGUACAAUUUUGUUCAAAUGUUGAUUUAUUUUUAAUCGCAAUUCCAUUUUUAAUGUUUCCUUGUCUCCUUGACAAUAUUUUACUCAACGAUUAUGUGCAAUUGUUAAUCUUUUCAUGAAAUGUUUUCCUUGUCUGGUAAACCAAAAUAGUUACCCUCAUAUUAUAAAUAUGUAAAAUACUAUAAAUGAAUGUGUUUUUUUGUGUUUACACCAGACUUGUUGAUUUUCUGGUGACAAUGUAUUUGUAUGAAAAUUGUCUGUGGUGUCAAACUGGGGGAGUUAUUCAUCGAUUUGACGCUCUGAGGUCGAAUUGAAGCAAAAACAAAUCACAGCUCAGAGAACAAUCCCCGUUAUUUGAGGUCGGCUGAAAGAAAAGUGCUGGUGUCAAACUAAACUUUUUUUAUUCCAGGUGACUAAACAGAAAAAAUAUUUGUUUUUAUUUUUAUCUGUCAUAACCAAAAAAGUUACCCCAAAAGAUUUUCAUAUUAAUUUCAGCAAAAAAAAAUUGUGAAAAUUUGACACGAAACACAAAACUGACACUUUUUUUACCAAGUGUGGUACGAGAUAUUUCCUGGUUCUCGUAAUUAACUGCCUAUAAACCGGUUGCUUGGGACCAAAUCUAAUCUUUUGUCUCGUUAUAAAGGGUUUCUGUAUGUGAAAGUGUGCGUGCAUGUACUGUAUGUGUGUAAAUGUACAACUAAAAGUAUUAAGUGUGUGUGGACGUGAGACUGUGUGCGUUAUCUGUGCUCCUUCUAUAAGUUUAUGUUUAUAUACACAACAUACUGUCGAUAUGUGUCCGCCCGUGAUGAGAAAACGUGUUUUUCCGAACAAUCUCAUCUUCAUUUGUGACAAUGUGCAUCUUUUUUGUGAUAUAUAGGAUCUGCAUUAUAUGUGGAGUCAGCGACCAGGUCAGCAUUUAUUUCUGAAACAUUGGUGGUUUUGGGGGAAAAAGAGAUGUGAACGCUCCAACUCCCUUUUUAAAAUAAAAUAUUUAAAAAGUGUUUGGAUUGUUGGUCGUUCUGAUCUUUCUGAGCAGCACCAGCGUGGACGAGACGACACUUGAGUAGAACAACAGCACGAGGCAUUGUUAAUGUUAUUGGUGGUUUUACACAGUUUGUCUGUUGUCUGUUGUGAAAAGAGCUGCUGGGAUCAAUAUUUCAACAGUUACUGCAGAACGAACACUGUGCUUGUUUAAAAAAAAUCAUUUAUUCCACUGCUGAGUGUUUUUAUUGGGGGUUUUCAAAGGGAGAGCUUGGCUGAUAAUGGAGUUUUGUGAUCUGACGCAGCGAGAAUCAUUUUUUAUACAGAUAUAUUGGCUGAUUAUACAUUCAAAGAAAAUUGGAAAUAGUUCCCAGGGUGUCGUUAUCGAACCUUUAUGACACAGAAAUGUAAUCAAGGCUUGAUAUUUUACAGUUUAACCAUAAACCUCAUUAUAGAUAACGAUAAGUUAAAUGAAAGCACUAAUACACCCGACAAAUAUCAAACUUAAUUUCGAAAAAUAUAUUCUUAAUGUAAAAUAUAAACUUAACUGCUCAUCUUUUCUUCAUUCUGUAAAAUGAAUUUCUUUCAUAUUGGCAAAUAUAAAUGUCGAUGUCUGUGAAGAGCUCACAUCAGCGGCUUUUUAUCGGUUCGGCUUGUAGUAAAAAUGUUUAUUAUUUUUCCAGCCUGCGUUCUUCACUCAAGCUGCUUUAAUGUUUAUAACAGCUGCAAACAAAUGACAGACCAUUUUCCAAAACAUUUCAUUUGCCUCUUUUCACUUUCACUCGUUUGAAAAAUCACAUUUCUGAUGACUCCGCUUCAUUCUCUCUCUGCCAGUGAACCAGCAGGCAACAACACCAGAGCUGGACACGCUCCACGUAAACUGAACACGGCUUUUAUUCUAAGAACACCUGUGUUCGACAAAUCCAAAUGUCCGCAGUGUGCGAGGAAGGUCUCGAUGGGUUUGUUUGAUCAGAGGCUUUAAAAUCGAUGAAGCCGUCAGACCUCAAAUAUUGGUUUCAUUAAAAAGCUGGAGGAGUCAUUUGAUGGAGUUAGUUUUGGUUUGUUCAGGUUUACUGUGUUUAAUAAAGGACGGAGAUGACA